UUUAAUUUCUUAGUGGUUGGGAUAUUCACUGUGUUGUAGCUGAAUGUGGUCCUUGAGACUCAGUCUAUCUAACAGAGAGACCAUUUGAGAAACUGAUGCUGAGUAGACAAGAGCCCCGUUGAAAUCAGCUGUUGUUUUAUGAUCUGUACAGCUUGGCAAUGCCUGGCCAAGGUUGCUGAUAUCAGUGGACUAUUUGAUUUUGCAGCAGCUAUGAGAACACCACAGAAAUGGGCACCACUUGGACAGUGGUCAGCCCCAUCGUCUUUACUUACCAGGUAACUGAGAGCCAGGACCUGCUGGACCCAGCCAACAACACACUUCUACUGGGCCACAUCACCGACGCCCAGCAGCUGGAGGACAUUAAGAAAUCAAACAAGCCAAUCAAACGCUUUGUGGUCGUUGACCAAGAAGUUCACAGAAUCUAUGGUGCCAAGCUGACUGAAUAUAUGGAGGCCAACAAUGUCCAGUUCAAGAUCUUGGCUCUACCCACCACCGAGGAGAACAAAUCCAUGGAGAUGGCCUUGAAGAUCCUGGAAGAGGUCAACAGCUUCUCCCUUGACCGCCGCACUGAGCCCAUCAUUGCCAUUGGUGGAGGGGUGUGCCUGGACAUCGUGGGCCUGGCUGCCUCGCUCUACAGAAGGCGGACCCCUUACAUCAGGGUCCCAACCACACUGCUAUCUUACGUCGAUGCCAGCGUGGGGGCAAAGACAGGGGUUAACUUUGCAAACUGCAAGAACAAGCUGGGUGCCUACAUUCCACCUGUUGCUGCCUUCCUGGACCUGACCUUUAUACAGACUGUUCCACGAAGACACAUCUCCAACGGGCUGGCAGAGAUGUUAAAGAUGGCCUUGAUGAAACACAGAGGCCUCUUUGAGCUUCUUGAGAAACACGGCCGUGUGCUUUUGGACACUAAACUACAGGGCGCCUCACAUGUAACUCGGAUAGCCAUCACGACGAUGCUGGAGGAGCUCGCCCCAAACCUUUGGGAAGAUGACCUUAACAGACUCGUGGACUUUGGCCACCUGAUCAGUCCAGCAUUAGAGAUGAAAGUUCUCCCAUCUCUGCUGCAUGGUGAGGCAGUGAACAUCGACAUGUCCUACAUGGUUUACGUAUCCAAAGAGAGUGGUCUAGUGACAGAGGAGGAAAAGCAAAGGAUCAUCAGCUGCAUGGUGGGCCUGGAGCUUCCUGUCUGGCAUGAAGACUUCACCAUGGAGCUCAUACAGAGGUCUCUGCAGGACAGACUGAAGCACUCCGGAGGCCUGGUCCGAAUGCCACUGCCUGUUGGUCUUGGGCAAGCAGAAAUCUUUAAUAACACAUCUUGUGAGAUCCUGCACAGAGCUUACGAAAAAUGGUGUGAUGAGCUGAGCAUCACUUCUGGCAACAGCUGUGACCCUUAACCUGGAGAUCUACAACUGUUUCACUUCAGUCUG